ACUAAUACGGGGGUGGCUACCCGUACGUAGAUGCCGGCGAAUCUAAGCGCACCCCCCCAGAGGUCAACGCGUACAUACACGACCGGAGUCGGACCAGUCGUCGGAUAUCCUUUAUCACUCGCUGCACAUCUCGACUUCUGCACACGGGCGUCGGAUUGAUUUCGUCCUCGUGGCUGUCCUCCGAAUACGCCGGCGAAUACACCUCUCCCGUUGUUGCCGGUCCGAUCGAUUUGGAUCAUAUUAACGUUUUAACCAUCGUCGAUCAUCUCUUUCAGCCUGGCGAUCGAUGAAGUAGUGAUUCAAGCUCGAUUUUUAUUCAGAGUUAUAAGAAAUAUAUUAUUAUUCGAGUCGGGGAAGUACACGCGAUACGAAAAUUGUGGGGAAUGAUUGUUUUGGGGAUUUCGGAAAGUGGACGGAAAUCGAAGACAGUGCAUAGUUUGGUGAUCCGUUUGUGAUGGGACAGAAAGGGAUCUCGAGAAAUUUCGCAUCAUCGCGGACUUGAAUAUAUUUUAUUUAUUUACGCGCGUUGCUUCUUCAUCGGUGCUCUUGAUAUGUGAUCCUUACACAUCUGUUCGGGAUAACGAACGCUUGACCGUGACAGCGUUGUACAAUUCCAUACGUAUAUCGUAAUAAGCAAGUUUUUCUACGUUUUUCAUUUUCAAGCGUAUCGAAAUAAACCUCAGUGUACAUCGAAACCUAUAUAUGCAUCUUCAAGAAUGUCCUCCCUCAGGUUAUAGCAACUUGAGUUUAUCCCUCGUGAUAUACAUUACUCAAAACGACACUCGCCAUCUCGCCGAUACGAACAUUUAAAAAAAGUACAUAUAUUUCGCUGUACCAGUGAAAGUUUCGAUUUCACAACGAUCCCUGUAACAUGGUAGAGAGUACCUAUGCGAGUGAUUCGCCCAGAUCGCGUUCUCCGAUGACGGAGCCGUCGAGUCCUCUUCAAGAUGGUCCCGGAAUAUCCGGCUACCGAUAUCUCUACAAUUAUUCGCCGGAGAGUUUGCAGCACAAGUUGAAGAGCAACGACGAGCAAAAUGUGACUGGGAGGCGACACGAGAUCGAUGGACGCGACAGAACGUUUUCGAGAAGUCCAUUGAGCUCCGAAGAGAUACGAUUCAGACCGCGCGAGGUCUCGAGGCCAAGUUCCUCGGCCACCAUGUCCUCCCCUACGUCCGCCUUCACCAUCGAGAACAUCUUAGCGCCUAGACCCAUAGGAAACAUGACACCCACCAGCACCAGUAGCCUUGGAUCGAUCAUUCAAAACCCGGAAGCCGUGGGAUCGCCGUCGAGGACCACGCCGAUCCAUCCUCUUCAGCAACAGAUCCAUCAUCUGGCGUUCACAUCCGCGGACUUGUUCGCUGCAGCAUAUCCUAGUUUAUAUUCCGGCGGUUACGUGGCAGCAAUGGCAGCCGCCGGCGUUUCGCUUCACGGUCAACCGGCCUUCUAUCACGCGGCUCAUCCCUAUCAAAUAAAUCCAAACGCCACGGCUGUGGGGCCGAUGGCGAAGAGGAAGCGUCGUCACAGGACGAUAUUCACCGAAGAGCAGCUGGAACAACUGGAAGCCACUUUCGACAAGACGCACUAUCCAGACGUAAUUUUGAGAGAACAGCUCGCUCUUCAGGUCGAUCUCAAGGAGGAACGAAUCGAGGUGUGGUUCAAGAACCGACGUGCCAAGUGGCGUAAACAGAAAAGAGAAGAGCAAGAACGUAUGCGGAAACUUCAGUUGGAGCAACGUCAACGGGCCGACGACAAUGUGCCAACGCCUGCAGUCAAAGUACCCGAACAUUUGACAUUAACCAGGCAGCAACAACAGCAACAACACGAACAGGACACCGACAGCUCGGAUCUCGAAGUGGCGUAGUCAAAAUAUUGGUUGUAAACUCUUCUUUUAUUCUUCUUUGUUUUUUCUUUUUUUACUAUUAUUAUUAUUAUUUUUUUUUCUUUCGUUUUUAUUUCUCGUCGACGACAAUUCAAAACAGAUUCAAAACAGACUGGUUUUCCCCUGUUACAGGGGACAAAUACGUGUGUAAAUACGGAAUUAGGAUGUAAAUAUAUUUGUACAUACAGCUUACGAUCGAUGUAAAAUAUAGGUAGUGAAAUAAAUUAUUGAUUCCCAGAUAUGAAA